AUGUUUUACAGGAAUCUAUAGAGCACACACAAACUACUAUUCCACCCUGGAGGAGGCAGUAAAAGUUUGCUCCACGUUGCUGUGAAGUUUAUUCCAAAUCCAGAAGCACAGACUCCUCGGUUUUAGGGCGCAGAGUGACAUCAGGACAUGUGGACGUAGCUGGUCUCAUUGUUGCUCCACGCUGAUCUUGCUGUCCUGUAGCGUGAUGUGAUGGGGUUAGGGAGGGAGCUCUUCCUCCUCCUCCUCCUCCUCCUCUUCCUCCUCCUCCUCCUGCGUCUCUCCAUGUGUUCGCUCCAGAGCGACGUCACACAGGGCUGGUCUUGCCGUUUAUUAGUCAGGCCAGUGAAGUGCCAGGUUGCAAGAACUUCACACUGCAGCUCUGUCCGGCCAGCGGCAGAGGGUUGUCCUCCUAACUUCACCCAAAAACUUUCUAGAAACUUUCUAGUCAACAGAAAAAAAAAAGAAAAAGAAUUAGAAAACACCGACUAAGUGACAAAAGUGUCGCAACUCGCCUCACUCCCGUUUUAAUGAAACUUUCUUUUUUCUUUUUCUUUUUGAACCAAAGGCUGCACAUCCACUCUCUCAUAAGUUUUGAAUGAGCCGCUUGAGUAUUUUUUAUUUUUUUUCUUAUUUUCCUCAUAUCGUCACUUUUACGUUGGGAUAAAGUUUUUUUUUCUCCUUUAUAACUUAGAGACUCGUGAUGGCUGUCCUGUCACUAGCUUUGCUCCUUGUAGGAUUUGCUCUGACUUCAGCUGACAAGGCUGGUGAAGUAGAUAGAGAGGGCCAGCUGAGAAGCCGGCUGAAGGAGUACGGCCUGGUCACACCAUUCAGCACCGACUCCCACGGACACUACCUGUCACACCUGCUCUCGGCCACCCACAAGCAGCGCGUGAAGAGAGAGGCGUUUUCUUCUGCCGAUUCCGAGCAGAGCCUUUUCUUCAACAUCACGGCCUUCGGGAAGGAGUUCCACCUCCGCCUACGUCCAAACAACAGGUUGGUGGCGCCCGGGGCGAUGGUGGAGUGGCACGACGAAGUCCGAGAAUUCGAAAACGUCAGCGUCGCUGCCGAUUCCGGCGUGGACUCCAACCAGACCGAGGUCACCAACGGGACGGAGAGGAUACUGCGCCGCGAGCUGCUGAAGACAGACUGCACCUUCGUCGGGGACAUCACAGACGUCCCCGGGGCCUCCGUUGCCAUUAACAACUGUGAUGGACUGGCUGGGAUGAUCCGGACUGAUGCAGAUGAGUACUUUAUUGAGCCGCUGGAGAAAGGUACCCAGGAGCUGGAGGACCAGGGAAGAGUCCACGUCGUUUACCGUAGGUCGGCCCUGCUGCAGGGCCCGUCCGACAUCUCUGUGGACUACCAGCUGCAAGAACCAGAGCUUGAUGUUCUCGGGACUCUUGACACGGUGACCCGGCGGGUCAACGAGACGGUUCGCCGGCGCCGGCGCCGCCACGCUGGGGAGGACGACUACAACAUCGAAAUCCUGCUCGGAGUUGAUGACUCGGUGGUUCGAUUUCACGGCAAGGAGCACGUGCAGAAUUAUCUCCUCACUCUGAUGAACAUCGUGAAUGAGAUUUACCACGACGAGUCGCUGGGAGUCCACAUCAACGUGGUCCUGGUGAGGAUGAUCAUGCUGGGCUAUGCCAAGUCCAUCAGCCUCAUUGAGAGGGGCAACCCGUCACGGAGCUUGGAGAAUGUGUGCCGCUGGGCCUUCGUGCAGCAGAAAGGCGAUCCCGAUCAUGCCGAACACCACGACCACGCAAUCUUCCUCACUCGACAAGGCUUCGGCCCCACGGGGAUGCAGGGUUACGCUCCAGUCACAGGGAUGUGCCACCCAGUCCGAAGCUGCACCCUCAACCACGAAGACGGCUUUUCAUCCGCCUUCGUUGUGGCUCAUGAGACCGGACACGUGUUGGGGAUGGAGCACGACGGACAAGGCAACCGCUGCGGCGACGAGACGGCAAUGGGAAGCGUGAUGGCCCCUCUGGUGCAGGCCGCCUUCCAUCGAUACCACUGGUCCAUGUGCAGCGGGCAGGAGCUGAAGAGAUACAUCCACACGUACGACUGCCUCCUGGACGACCCCUUCAAACACGACUGGCCCCAACUUCCCGAGCUACCUGGCAUCAACUACUCGAUGGACGAGCAGUGCCGCUUCGACUUUGGAGUCGGCUAUAAGAUCUGCACCUCAUUUCGCACAUUUGAUCCGUGCAAACAGCUUUGGUGCAGUCAUCCCGACAACCCUUAUUUCUGCAAAACCAAGAAGGGGCCCCCACUCGACGGAACGGAGUGUGCUCCUGGGAAAUGGUGCUACAAAGGUCACUGCAUGUGGAAGAAUCCCAACCAGGUGAAGCAGGAUGGAGUCUGGAGCUCCUGGACCAAAUAUGGUUCCUGUUCACGCUCCUGUGGGACUGGGGUUCGCUUCCGGACACGUCAGUGCAACAACCCUGCUCCCUCCAACGGUGGCCAGGACUGCCCGGGGGUGAACUACGAGUAUCAGCUCUGCAACACAGAUGACUGCCCCAAGCACUUCGAAGAUUUCAGAGCCCAACAGUGCCAGCUCCGCAACUCCCACUUUGAAUUCCAAAAUGCCAAACACCACUGGCUGCCCUUUGAGCAUCCCGACGCCAACAAGAGAUGCCACUUGUAUUGCCAGUCGAGGGAGACGAGCGAUGUGGCUUACAUGAAGCAGCUGGUGCACGACGGGACGCGAUGCUCUUACAAGGAUGCCUACAGUAUCUGCGUGCGUGGAGAAUGUGUGAAAGUCGGCUGUGACAGGGAAAUUGGCUCCAACAAAGUGGAGGACAAAUGUGGUGUUUGUGGUGGAGACAACUCCCACUGCCGCACUGUCAAAGGAACCUUCACCAGAACGCCAAAGAAAGCCGGUUACCUUAAGAUGUUUCUCGUUCCUCCUGGAGCUAGACAUGUGAUCAUCCAAGAACAUGAGGCCUCCCCUCAAAUUCUUGCAAUCAAGAACCAGGCGACGGGGCAUUACAUUCUCAAUGGAAAAGGGGAAGAGGUCAAGUCCCGAAGCUUCAUUGACUUAGGCGUGGAGUGGCACUACAUCAUCGAGGAGGACGUGGAGACGCUGCACACCGACGGACCUCUGCACGACCCUGUGGUGGUUCUGAUUAUACCCAAGGACAAUGAAACGCGGUCCACUUUAAUGUACAAGUACAUCAUCCAUGAAGAUUCAGUUCCUGUCAACAACAACAAUGUUAUCCAGGAGGACACCUAUGAAUGGGCUCUGAAGAGCUGGUCCCCGUGCACCAAGCCUUGCGCUGGAGGGUUUCAGUACACAAAGUACGGCUGCCGAAAGAAAGGAGACACCAAGAUGGUUCAUCGAGGCUACUGCGACGCCGGCAAGAAGCCAAAACCCAUCCGCAGAAUGUGCAACCUCCAGGACUGCACACAGCCUCAGUGGAUCUCAGAAGACUGGGAGCAUUGUACCAAAACGUGCGGCAGCCUGGGCUUUCAGAUCCGGACCGUUCGCUGUGUGCAGUUCCUCCACGAUGGCACCAACCGCUCUGUCCACAGCAAAUACUGCAGUGGUGAGAAGCCUGAGAGCCGGAGACCCUGUAACAGAAUCCCAUGUCCUUCCCACUGGAGAACCGGAGCUUGGUCUGAGUGCUCUGUGACUUGCGGAGAGGGGAUGGAAAGGCGCCUGGUCACUUGCCGGAUCGGAGACCAGUGCAGCGGAGACAAACCCGAGACCGUGAGGACGUGCAGACUCGGACCCUGCCACGAUGAGCCGUGCAAUGGAGACAGAUCCAUCUUCUGCCAAAUGGAGGUCUUAGCCAGAUACUGCUCCAUUCCGGGCUACAACAAGCUGUGCUGCGACUCCUGCAGCAAACGCAGCGGCUCCUCGUCCCUGUUCUCCGAGGCGGCCGAGACGGAGGAGCACGUCCGCUUCGGCUCGGCCUCGCAGCUGCUCGAGACGUUAACGGCCUCCGUGGCCGCCAACGGCACCCGCGGUGGUAAACAGGGCUCCGGCAGAGGAUCUGCCCCGGCUUCCAAACACACCACCACCAGCACCACCAGCACCAACACCACCCCUGCUCCUGUCAAGAAGGCGACGCCGAAGGUCGCCUCCACACCGAGGCGGGUUCCGAGGCACGCGGAUCUUUCUGCCCCGGCGCCGUCUCCCCUGGCGGAUUCCAACGAGGGUCAGAGGUCGAGCGGCUUCGCGGCUAGCCGACGGCCUGCUGCAUAUUCCGAAGUGGAGAGAUGAAAGUGACGCCUCCCCGCCCUCCCCUCCCCCACCCCCACCCCCACCCCAUCCCGCCCCCCAUUCGGGACUCUUAAUGUACAGUAGAUAAUCCAGCUUCAUCCU